GCAGAGGGAGGAGGGAUGUGUGUCACUGAACACAAGGCAGCUGGAGAGGAAACCAACAACUACUGACUUUCCUAGGGAAAACUGAGUUGCGGGGGAGUGGAUUGAGUCCUGAUUCCUUCUGGAGCCCUGGGUGCUGGAGAGGUCAACUCCAGACACACCAGAACAUGAGCUUCUCCAGGAGAAGGGGCUUCUACAAGCAGGAAGUAAACAAGAUCGUCUGGGAACUUCCUAGGCGAUACACUUCCAUUGUCUCUGUGGGAUCUGGAGCUUAUGGAUCGGUCUGUUCAUCAAUAGACAAGAAAACAGGGGAGAAAGUGGCUAUCAAGAAGCUCUGCCGCCCAUUUCAGUCGGAGAUCUUUGCUAAGCGAGCCUAUCGAGAACUCACACUGCUGAAGCACAUGCAACAUGAGAAUGUCAUUGGGUUACUUGAUGUUUUCACAUCAGCUACUUCCUUCGAAGGAUUCCAGGAUUUCUAUUUGGUGAUGCCUUACAUGCGAACAGAUUUACAGAAGAUAAUGGGACAUCAGUUCAGUGAGGAAAAGAUCCAGUACCUGAUUUACCAGGUGUUGAAAGGUCUGAAGUAUAUUCAUUCUGCUGGAAUCAUUCACAGGGAUUUAAAGCCUGGCAAUUUAGCAGUGAAUGAGGACUGUGAACUAAAGAUCUUGGACUUUGGCCUGGCAAGGCAUACAGAUACCGAGAUGACUGGUUAUGUGGUGACUCGUUGGUACAGAGCACCGGAAGUAAUUCUCAAUUGGAUGCAUUACAAUCAGACUGUGGACAUCUGGUCGGUUGGCUGCAUCAUGGCAGAAAUGCUGACAGGAAAAACUCUGUUUAAGGGGAAAGACUAUCUUGAUCAGCUGACUCUGAUAUUGAAAGUAACAGGGAGCCCUGGAGAGGAAUUUAUACAGAAACUAGAAGACAAAGCAGCCAAAAGCUACAUACAGACAAUGCCCAAGAUUCCCAAAAUGGAUUUGUCCCGACUUUUCCCCAGAGCCAGUCCUCUCGCAGUGGACCUGCUUGACAAAAUGUUGCAGCUGGAUGUGGAGAAGCGUCUUACAGCCACACAAGCUCUGGCUCAUCCAUAUUUUGAACCGUUUAGAGAUGUUGAGGAAGAGACAGAGGCACAUCAUUCCUAUGAUGACUCCAUUGGGGCACAAAAACUUUCAAUCAAUGAAUGGAGAAGGCAUAUUUACAAUGAAAUACUAACAUUCAGUCCAAUUGCACGGAAAGACUCCAAGAGGAAGAGUGGUAUGACGCUGUAAACUUUGGCAUAUUCCAUUCUGGACCACCUUUUCCACUAAGUAACAAACAGUAGUGUUUGACUCCAACAAGAAGUAAAUAGUAACCGGCAUGAAAAGGUCUAUGUACAUAGAAUAAAAGGACACUGGAUAUAUAAGGAAGUUCAACCUUCGUAUGAAGCUGAAGUUGUUAAAGUAACAUCUUUUGGUGCCAAAAAUUGAUAUGCUUCUCAUUAAAAACCUUUAUGAUAAA